AGAAUAAGAAAUUCAAGUUAUUUGAACUAGAAAACAAUAUUCUUCAAACAUAAUUUUCAAGCAGACUAAGUACCUAUACUCAAAAUACACCGUGUAUACUUUCUACUUAUUAAUUAAAUUUAUUUAACUAAAUCUAAAACAUACUUAGUAUAUUGAAGAUAUUUAUCAUUGUCAAAUAUAAUAAAAAGUUAUAUUUUGUUAUAAGCCAUAAUAUUACAUUGUUUUCGCGUUAUCCAUACUUAUCCCAAUCCAGUAAAUUUUAUCGUGCAAUGUAUUAAUACCACAUGAUGAACGAAUAACGACCAGCUCUCAUUCACACCUACAUUUUUUUGUAUGUAUUCACCAGUUUUAUGAACAGCUAGAACUUGAAAUAUGUUUCGUGAUGAUAAAUUAUAUUAUAUUUGCUCAAUAUUAAUAGUUUAAGGUCAGGUUAUCAAAUUUUGAGUUACAUAAGUUGAUAUGUAUUAUGUAUAUAAUAGUAUAAUACUUAUAUAACAGUAUUAUAAUAAUAAAAUACUUAUAAAAAUUAUAAAUUAUAAUAUAAUUAAUACAAUAUUUAUAAAUUACAUUAAUAUAGCUAUUUCAAAAAACAUAUUAUAAAAUAUUAUAAGGAAUAUAGGCUGACAGACCGUCCCAGCUCAGAAUCAUUUUUUCGUAUGCAGCGAUGUAUUAUAAUAGAAUUAAAAUUUAACACAUUCAUAAGAGAAGUCUACUCGACAAAUAAUUUACAGCAAAGUGGUUCUCACUUGUUUGCGUUUAAAUGUAAAAUAAUUCAACAAACGGCAUUUCGUUUAUGUGUCAAACAGCUAAGAGAAGAGGGUUUCAAUACAAAUGCUGAUGCUGGACCACCUGAAAACAAGGACCAACGCGUUUUCAUUAUAAAGAAAAUGUGUAAUUCCUCGUUAAGUAGUGCAGCAAACGCUUAUAUAAAGAGACUAGAAAUAAACUAUUCUGCAUUGUAUACAAUGCUCACUACUGGGGAGGAUGAGAAUGAUAGAUCAGCAAUACAUAAUGAAGUAUACGACAGAGGGAACGAUUUAGAUGUAUUACAAGAUUUAAUAGAAGAACACGUUGAAAGUUUAUCCAGUAUGUACUUGAAUGAGCAGUUGGGAUCAAUAGGCAAUUUUGGGCUUAGUGCAAGAACGUUUUGUAAUGAAGCUAACACUAUAGGAGGGCCCAAUUAUAUUUCAGAUUUAUUUACAGAGGAAGAACUAUCUGCUUCAAGUUCAAAUGACAAUGAUUACGAACAUUUAAAUUUUGAGAAUGAAAAUUAUAGCUUUUUAGAUAAUAUACUCUAAGAUAUUAAUUAAUUAAAUAUACAUCAAUAUAAUUUAUGAAAUAAUUAAUUAUUAUAUAAUUUAGUAUUUUUUUUUUAUGUUAGUACUUUUGCUUUUACUAGUAGGUAUUAAUUUGUGAAAAUAAAAACUGAUUCUGUUAAUAUGAAUGAUAAAAAUUAUAAUAUGAUAGUUGGUAUGUGAAAAAAUUCAUCCAACAUUGUACACAAUGAAUCACUUUAUUUAAUUAAAUGAUACUAAAUUGUUUUUUUGACGCAUAAUAUAAAAAAAUAAAUAAAUAUAUAACAUAGGUAA